AUGGUCCUUAUGGCAACGUGCGAUGCUCAGUACAAAUUUACAACAAUUGACAUUGGGCAAUACGGUUCCUUAAGCGAUGGAGGAGUGUGGGGGAAUUCAGAUUUUUCCUUGGACCGCAAUAAUGGCCGACAUAUGAUGCGUCCAUAUCCAAGGAGAUCACUUCAAACUGAUGAGCACCGUAUUUUUAAUUACCGAUUGUCUCGAGCAAGACGCACCAUUGAAAAUGCAUUUGGCAUUUUGUGUUCAAGGUGGCAAAUUUUGCACCAGCCUCUGAGGAUGAGUCCAACAAAUGCACAGAACCUUUUUGCUGCAUUGUGCGUACUCCACCAUUUCAUCAUGGUUGGUGAGGAGAUGAAAGCCCCUCAAGACCAUCAGUAUGUGCCUCCAAAUUUCCUUGACAGAGAGUUACAAGAUGGAACAGUGGAUUAA